UUUCUCAAGCAAUUAUUAGUUUACUGAUUUACGGAAGGAGUGUUAAACCGAAAAAUUUUGUGAUUAGCGUCUUAAAAUAAUUUGUCAAAGAAUAAUUAUUUGAAUAGGCGAGAAUUAGACAAUAAACAUAUUAUUAAAGUUAAUAUACUUCUACAAAAAUGAGGCGUAAGAGUGAAAGAAAUAAAGCAAAAGCAUCGCCAGAGAAGAAAGUAGAAAAACCAACUCGAAAAUCAACGCGUCGUCGAGCUAAAAAAUCGCCUUCAACAUCACCAGAACGUGAAAAUAGUAAUGAUGCUGAUACAGUGCAAGGGAAUGAAAAAGAAUCAUUAUUAUACAAAAUACAAACUCGAUUACAUAGUAAAGAAUCAGAAAAUGUAGUUGAUGAACCAGAAACUAAAGUGUCAUCAACCGAAACAAUAACUAAACAACAAGAGGUUGAUGAUGAUAGUGGUUCAGUGUGGAAAGCAGCAAGAGCAGAUGCGUCGCCGGGUGAAAUACCGAAACUUAAGUUAUGUAGGCAGCGAAAUUUAUCAGAAACAUCGGAUGUAUCACUUAGCAGGAAGAGAACGAACAAAUGGCAGGAGGGUGGCGAAGGUAUCGCAGAGGAAGCUGACUCGGCUGAUGAGAAACCAGCGACGUCUUUGUCGACGGACGUAGGUGAUGAACCGGCUGAUAAUCCUUCCUCAACGAUUCCAGGUCGGGACUCCGGCGAAGAGGUAAGUGAUAGCAAGGAGUUCCCGCCCGAAAAUGCUUCAGCCGACUUGUCUGACGAUAAACCAAACAUAGAUCAACAAGAUGACACGAAUGAGACAUCCAAUUGUACCACUUCGAUUGUUGAUAACCAACCGAAUACACCGGAACCACUUGAAUCUACUGAAACGAAGACAAUCGUCGAUGCUGAUGAUGCUAAAGGACAACAGACGGAGAACGAGUCAAACGACAGACCGACAGAAGAAAAUGUUAAAUCGCCGGUGGAAAAUAUUCAAGAAGAACAAAAAGAACCGGAAGUCACGAAGAAAGAUGCUACUAGCAGUGAAGAUGAACAAGAUAAUAAUAAAAGUGUACCACAAUCAGGCUCGUCAGAAAAUUCUAACGAUGAAUCUAACGAAAAAAAGAAAGAAAAAGAAACAGUAAGAGUUCCAGUCAGAACAACUCGUAGAAAACACAGGGAUAAAUAUCAAGAUUCCUCCAAUUCUGAUUCAGCUGAUUCAGACGAUGAGCCAACGAUAACUAAAGAAAAACCAAUGGAUAUUGAAACACCAACUGAACAAAAGUCACCAAUAGAACAGGAAAUCCCUGAAACGGCUGAUAGAUCUUCUGAAACAGAACUAGUUUUGUCACAUCAGACUGAUAUCACAGAAACGGAUAAUGAUGAAGCUCAAAAUAAGUCGCAAAAAUCGAUUCUAACAGAGAAGAUUGAUCAAACAGCUGCGGAUCAGAUUCAGCCAUCAAAGCCUACAAAAAUUAGUUUAAAAAGAUCAUUUACAUCACGGAUUUCUGCGGAUACUGUAGAGAAACGGACAAAUGCUAAUGAAAAUGAUACUAAUCAAGAAAAAGAAAAUCAUGUUAGCAGUGAUCAAGUUGAUCCUACAACCAUUCCAAAGAAACGACGCUGGGGAACAGUAACUAGUACAGAUACCACUCCAGCUUAUUCAAUUUCUACUGAUUCUCUUAAGGUUUUAGUACCAGGAGCAAAACCAUUGUCUAUUAGUGAAGUGCGUUUAUCGAAAGAUGACGAGGAUGAUCGUGAACGUCGUAAAGACCGAGAUAAACGUUACAGUGCUGCAAGCAUACCUGAAGACAAGGGAAAGGAUGAUAAUGAUUCCAUGAAAACGGAAACGACAAGAAGGAAGAUAUCAAUUGUCAAAGAUACACCAACAAAAUCUCCUAGUCCAGUACCAGCUCAACCCACCAAUAUACUUUUGAUAAAAAAUUUAGUUCGACCGUUUACAUUAAAUCAAAUAAAAGAAUUAUUAUCACGUACGGGUGUGAUUGUAGAAAAUGGUUUUUGGAUGGAUAGGAUCAAAUCUAAAUGUUAUGUAGAGUAUUCUAAUGAAGAUCAAGCUUUUGAAACGAGACAAGCACUUCACGGAAUUUCUUGGCCAUUAUCUAAUCCUAAAAAGCUACAAGUCGAGUAUGCUACAAAAGAAGAUAUGGAGCAAGCACGAGAAUUGUCUAAAGAUCAAAUAUCUUCACGUAAAACAGAAGCUAUGGCUUCAGCGGACAACAUGUGGCAGCAAGAAUGGAUACGAGAUGAAAAGGUUAAUUCUAAUACAAAGGUUACAAUUGUACGAGAAUGGGACCUAGGGAAAGAAGAUGGACAGCAUUUAUUGAGGGAUAAAGAACGUGAAAAGAAGGAUAUCGAUAAAAAAAGGCGGCAACGAAGUCGUAGUCCCGCAUUAGAUACACACCUUCCUGCACCAGCACGAAAAUUCAAAAAAAAAGAAGAUGAACCACCGCCAGCCAAACUUUUAGACGAUCUUUUUAGGAAGACCAAGGCUACGCCGUGCAUUUAUUGGCUACCGCUCACUAAUGAGCAGAUUGUUGUGAAGGAAGAGAUGCGGCGACAACAUAUGGCUGAACAUGCGCGACAACUAGAAGAAAUGAGACGUGCUGAAAGAAAUCGUGAUAAUCGCCGUCGACGCAGUCCAAGAAAAUAAAUAUACCCUUUCCUAUCUUAAUUUUCCUCUGUUUUCUUCUAAUUUCUCAUUUUCACAAUGAUCAUCGAUAUACGUCGCGUGUCAACUUUUUAUCACAAAAGUUAACGAACGAAGCAAUUUGAAUAAUAAUUUUAAAAUCAAUUUAAUAAAUAUAAUCAGUGAAAAUAAUAUUUGCAUUACAGUUAUGAAAGACGUUCUGUAGAAGAAGCACGUUUUCUACUUGCCAAAUUAAUUUUUUAUAUUCAAUGGCUCAAUUAUUAAAUUAUACAUAAUUAUACAUUUUCGUUUAAAAUUUUUCAUUAAAAAAAAAUUGAUUAACUACUGUUGAAUAUAAUUCUUUUAACAUUAUUAUUCGUGAAAUUUACAGUUAAAAGUUUACAAUUUUUUUCAAAAUAAUUUUUCUAUCUAACAAAACUAACAGAAAUUUUUCGAGGGAAAUUCAUGCAUGUUGGAGAUCCUUGGUUCAAUCCUGUCCUUGUCCUUAAUUUCACCAACUUUAAAACAUGCUUCUUACAGGUCAUCAGCCUAUAGGCACGUAUUGGACGUAGAAAUGUGAUUCUAUUUAAUCCGUAAUGGUAUGCAGAUAAACGGAUUUUGAUUUCGGUGGAUUACUGCCGUAGACAUCAGGAUACAACGUGGGAUUUUAGCAAUUUAAUGUGCAUACUCAAUAAAAUAUGUAUAAUAAUAUUGAUAGGAAGUUUUUUUAUCAAAGAUAGUCAUAAAAUUUGAGAUAUUGGACUAAUUCUUGAGCUUUACUACUUUGAAAUAAUAUUAAUCGUAUGAAAAAUUGUUCAAGAAAAUCCAAAAUAAACAUAGCUGUUUAUUUAUGAUUUAUUUAAAAAAUAGCAUUCAUUACUACUUCUAUUAAUAAUAAUAAUAAUACACUGUUUAAUACAAAUAUGAAAACACACAGCAGGCAUUUUGAAUGCAGUAGUAAACAAAUGUUUCGUUUUAUCUAGCAUAAGUUUUGUUCUAUCUUUUAUGAUUGUAAGUAAACUAAAAAAAUAGAAAUUUAAUAAUUGGUAAAAGAAAUGAAAUUACAUCAAUUAUGUAAUUUAAUAGAAGUUUGAAUAGUACUUUUUUAGUCAUUGUCACCUUACGAGCAAAUUUUCUUGUAAAUUAAACAUUACCAAGCAAUACCCAAUAUAAUAUCAUUUAUUAAAAAUGUCAUGAAAGAUUUGGAAUAAAAACCUACUGUAUAUAAAUGUUUAUUACUAUGACAUCUACAUAAAUGUAGAACGAAUAAAUGCGACAAAAUAACUUAUUUCAUAAUU